AUUGUGCUGCCGGAUCUUGGACCCAGUCUACGGUUUAUUCCAGGUCGCAAUACUGCGAACAGUUUGAUUCUUCUCGGACUGUUUCUCUGUGCUUGGCAGUCGUUAUAGAGGGGUAGAAGGGUAGCUUGGUCUAGUGUGGUGGUUGGAGACACCAUUGUUCGCCAUGUUUCGAGCGCAACAGAACGCCUUCGACGACGCCGUCGCCAAGGCGACGGAUGAGAACCUUACCUCCGAGAACUGGGAAUAUAUCCUAGAUGUUUGCGAUAAGGUCUCCGCUGAGGAGUCAGGGGCAAAGGAUGCUGUUGCGGCUUUGAUCAAGAGACUGGCGCACCGCAAUGCCAAUGUCCAGCUUUACACCCUGGAGCUUGCAAACGCUCUGUCGCAGAACUGCGGUCCGGUUAUCCAUCGCGAACUGGCGUCUAGGAGCUUUACCGAUUCGUUGUUGCGUCUCGCCAAUGAUAGGAACACACACCAACAAGUCAAAUCAAAGAUAGUCGAACGUAUGGAGGAGUGGACAGAGAUGUUUUCUAGCAAUCCCGAUUUCGGUAUUAUGGAGCAGGCAUAUAUGAAGCUGAAGACAACCAACCCAAGCCUGCGGCCUCCUUCGAAGCCUACAAAACGCCAAAUCACAGACAUUGACCGUCAGAAGGAAGAGGAAGAGUUGCAGAUGGCCCUUGCCCUGUCGGUAAAGGACAAGACAGCCGCCGGUCCAUCCACACAAUCGCAGGCCGCUGCUCCAUCCAGUUCAUCGCCCGCUGCGCAGACCACUCAGUCAGCCGCUCCUCAGCCAGUUCCGUCAGGAACAACUGCUGCAACCGUUUCACGUGUCAGGGCGCUAUACGACUUCCAGCCAUCAGAGCCCGGAGAACUGCAGUUCCGUAAGGGUGAUAUCAUUGCUGUCAUAGAAUCCGUGUAUAAGGAUUGGUGGAAGGGUUCAAUCAGAGGACAGACAGGCAUUUUCCCGUUGAACUAUGUGGAAAAGCUUCCCGAUCCAACAGAGCAGGAUUUGCAGCGCGAAGCUCAGAUGGAAGCAGAAGUCUUUUCACAGAUCAAGAAUGUCGAAAAGCUGUUGACACUUCUGAGUACUAGCGGUUCGGAGCUCAACGUCCAAGACAACGAAGAAAUAACCUCAUUAUAUCACUCAACGUUGGCAAUCCGGCCAAAGUUGAUCGAAUUGAUCGGAAAAUAUUCGCAAAAGAAAGAUGAGUUUACCCAGUUGAACGAGAGAUUCAUCAAGGCGCGAAGAGACUACGAAGCUCUGUUGGAGGCGUCAAUGUCCCACCCGGCGCAGCCUCAGUAUGGCAGGCCUGCACAGGCGCCUUAUGGUUAUGCCGCUCCAGGCGCACCACAGGUGUACCCUCCUGGGGUUCCGCCUCCAGACCCCCAGAGAUAUUUCAGCCCCCGUCCUCAAGACUCUCAAACGCCGCAGCCAGGCUAUUGUGGAGCGGAACAGGCGCAGCCUCCUUAUCCAACAUCCUCUCAGUCGCCUGAUCUGCGAAACAGGACACCUACUGGCGCACGUCCUCUGCAGCCCCAGCAACAGCCAGCUCCUGACUCCUACCAGCCUACAUACCACCGUCCCCAAUCCACCUACGACAACCCCCAGGAGCUGGGGACGUCUGUUUACGACACGCCAGUCGAAAGUUCAACCGCGAACCAACCGCCAUUCUCUCAUGGCGCACAGCAUCCUCCUGCUCCUCACCAACAAUUCCAGCAGGAGCAGCAGCAGCAGGACUAUUCGCCGUCUGUCUACUCACCAGAUGGUGGCCCUCCUCCUUCCAGUGCGGGCACUAUCCAGCCGCCUCACUCCCAGUUCCCGCCGCCGCAACAACAACCGCCAUAUCCUACAUCAACUAUCCCUAUGCACCAGCCACCACCCUCUCACCAACCGCCUCCGAUCCCCUCAGCUAGUCCUCAGCCUACGCCUUAUCCAUCUCUGAACGCCGGUGCGCCCCAAGGAAGUGGAUAUGAGGCAUACAAGCCGCCACAGGCGAGCUCUGUGAACGCGAAUCCGGCGUCGUACUAUAGAUAAGAGGCAGGCACGGGAAUUAUGAACGGUUGGACGGGAUCAUGAAGGAGAUGCGACGGAAAUCUAGGUUGAAUGACCCCAAACUCAGUUCUUGUCCUCUCACACUUGGCGUGUGCCGUUUCCAUAACUGCACAUAUUACUUUUAAUGCUGUCAUGACA